AUGAAAACAUUUUUUGAAAGAGAUUUUACAGAAUCAAUAGUAAAUCAUAUUAAAGAUUGUUUCAAAAAUGAUAUAAAUUUAAAAAAUAAUAAUAUUAAAAAACUUUUAGAUUUCCCAAAAUCACUCAGAAUCAAACAUAAAUAUCCAGCUUUAUUUUUUUGGUAUAUGGUUAGAGAAUGUGCAAUUGAAAAUAAACUCAACUAUUUAAUAAUCACCCAACAAUUAAUAGAAAUUUUAAAAAAUGAUGAUGAAAAGAAUAAAGAUGAAAAUGAUAAAGAAAAAAAUUAUGAAAGAUAUAAAAAGAAAUCAAUUAAAUUACUAAUUAAAGUUUAUAAAUCGUCAAUAGUAAAUAAUACAUUUAUUCAAAAAGACAUUAAAAUAAUUCAAAAAUUUUAUUUAAAACACUAUCAGAUUAAUCCAGUAGAUAUUUCAAUACCACAAUCAAUCACCAAGCAAUAUAAUGAUGAAACAAUUAAACCACCAACACAAUUAAUCCAAGUUUAUAAUCACUUUAAAAAGGAAUCAAUUUUAAUCAAACACAACCUUGCAGAUAAACAAUUAUUUACAAGGGAAAAGGUUACUAAAUAUGAAACCACCCAUCCACUCAUAGAUUAUAAUAACUAUACAGAUGGAUCGAAGUUGGAAAAAGAAAUUGGUUAUAAUAAAGUUGGUGACUGGUCAAUUACACCAUCUCUGGAACUAUUCAAAGAGUGCUUUAAAGUCUACUCAAACAACAUUCUAGAUGGAAUAGAAUGGGGCAAUGGUGAAGAUAAAACCAAGGUUAUUGCAUCGGGUGGUUCUGUAACAUCGUGCUUAAGUAGUUUACCAAAGCCACUAAUCAAGAAAUAUUUGGAGCUUUUAAACAUCUACCGUGUGCUAUCAAAUCACUCAGGUUUGCCAAUGGAUGCUGCCCAAUUAAUAUUUAACUAUUUAAAACCAUAUCAUUCAUUCUAUGACGAUUUAUUCAACCACUACCACGGAGGAAGCUCACCAUAUAUGAAAGGUGAUAUCGAUUUGUUCUUUAUUGCUCCAACUAUAGAAGAAGGUAAAAAGAAAAUAGAAGAGGUUUCCAAAAAAAUUAGAGAAAAUAUGAUCAGCAAGAAAGGCCUCGAUUUUAAAUUCGUUAGAACCCAAAACUCAAUAACUAUUGUAUCAGAGUACCCCUACAGACCAAUACAACUAAUGAUCUUCUUUAUUAGAUCCAUUGAAGAUUUAAUUUUAUUCUACGACUUGGACUGCUCGUGCACUGCUUAUAAUGGUGACAAUGUUUAUGUUUUACCCCGUACCAUCAACGCAUUUAACAAGAGAUUAAAUAUGGUUCCUCCCUCAAUUUUCCUCGAAGACAAUGAUAGACUUUACAAGUACUGCUUACGUGGCUUCAAUAGCAUUUGCUUUGAAAACUGUGUUCAUAAACCAAGAUGCGAUAUGGACCAGGACCUCUAUGACAAUAUUUUAACAUACAUACCCACUGAUGCAUUCUCAAGACCAAAAUUCAUUGUUUCAAGCUAUAACGAAGCAAGCUCCAUCUUCCAUUUCCCAUAUGGACCAGAGACAGAAUUUCAUGAAAUUUUAGAGGCAAUCGAUAUUUACUCUUAUAGAAACAGUUCAUAUUUUAAGAGCUCAAUGUUGGAUCCUGAUCCCAAAAAAGAUAUUAUUCAAAUCCUUCCAUGUGAAUGGAGAUUCAAAAAUAUUAAAGUAAAUGCUUUAGCAUCAAAUCUUAAAUUCAAAUGCUAUAUUUGUAAAGAACCACUUGAAGAUACAUCCACUAGAGUAUGCCCAGUUUGUAGAUACAAUAAUAUAAAUAAAACCAAUGCAUUCUCUUACUCUGAUAUACCAAAUGCCAAAGCUGCACUCAAUCAUAAGGUGGCCAUUGUUACAGGAGGAAGAAUUAAAAUAGGUUAUGAAAUUGCAAAACACCUAUUAGAAUCUGGUUUUAAAGUUAUUAUUACAACUAGAUUCCCCGCCUCAGCUUACGAACAAUUUAAAAAGAAUAUUCAGCCUGAUAAUUUCUCAAAUCUAUAUAUAUAUGGUGUGGACUUUAGAAACCUGCAAUCAGUUCAACAAUUUAUUGAUACUGUCAAAAAAGAAUUUUCUAGAAUCGAUAUUUUAAUUAACAAUGCAGCACAAACAAUUCGUUACCCAAGGGCCUACUAUCACAAUUUAUUAUUUAACGAAAAGACUAUAAUUUCAUCAUUUGAUAAACUACCACCAAAUAUUUUAUCAAAAAUAGAAAAUAUAAAUAUGAAUACUAUCAAAAAUAAUAGUAAUAAUAAUAAUAAUAAUAAUAAUAAUAAUGACGACAACAAUGGUAAAGAAUUACUUUUAUUUAACAAAAAUUCAAAGAGCUCAAUAGAUAUUGUCGAAUCAGUUGUUACCAAAGAUGAUGAAGAUGAGAUUGAUGAAUCCUUAUUCCCAACUGGUAAAAUGGACCUUCAUGGUCAACAAUUAGAUUUACGUACAAAGCAUACAUGGAACUCAACUGUAGAAGAGAUUACAACUGCUGAAAUGCUAGAGGUACAAUUAAUUAAUAAUACAGUUCCAUUUAUGUUAAUCAACCAACUAAGCUCCCACAUGGGUCUAAAUAAAAAUGAUGAAGAAAUCAUUUCAAAAAUGAGCAAUGAAACCAAAGAGAAAUAUUUAGAAGCAAAAAACAAAAUGGCUAGACCUGAUUGGAGUGUUAUUGUUAAUGUUACAAGUCCAGAAGGUAAUAUCAAUCACGAAUCAAAUGCAAUGUCAGGAUUCCAUUGUCAUACAAAUAUGGCAAAAGCAAGUUUAAAUAUGCUCACAAAAUCAAUUGCUUAUCAAUUUGAAAAGAAAAAUAUUUAUGUAAUAGGUUGCGAUACAGGUUGGGUCUCUGACAUGAUGCCAAAUUCACCCAUUGGUAUUCCCUCACGUCCACCACCAUUAAAAGAAAUUGAUGGUGCCUCUCGUGUUUUAUAUCCUGUCUAUUUCCAUUUAUUUAGAAACGAAAGACACGAAUCAGGUGUCCAAUUUGUAAAUUUUAAACCAUCAGAAUGGUAA